GAGGAUACCAAAUCCAUGCACCGAAUGCGUGAGGAGGUUGAUUCACUGAGUUUGAGGCUGUUUUAUUUAAGCAGAGCAAGAGAAGACGUGAUGAGCGAUAUCAGGGUGAUGAAACGAGCAGCCGACAAGGCGACUAUUGACCUAUCCAAAUAUGAAGACGACAAACUACGACAAGAUAUGCUGGUGGAUCGUAUACAGACCAAAGUCGACCAGCUCAAGGAGGACAUCGCACUGUACGAUGCACAAAUUACUGCUCAGGAGGCCGAAAUGUCUAUUAGUCAGAACCUAUUGCACGAAGCAGAGGCGCAGAUAGUCGCGAUCACCACGGACCGCAAACAUCUAAUGGCUCAAUGGAACAGCAGUUUGUUGGGACUACAGAGGCGAAAUGAAGCCUAUGCAUCCUUGCUUAAUGCCUACAAUGAAUUGAAGGAUCGCCUUCUAGUGUUGGACAACGAACAAGUCGCUUACAGGCGAUCAAUCAGCGCAGAACAAGAAAAGCAUGAGGGCCUUACUAUGCUCGUUAACAAAAACGAAGCAGACCUGAACACAGUGAAGCGACGAAUUCUGCAGCAACAAACGAAACAUGAGGCAGAUAAGCAGGCUUACGCGACAUACACACGAAUGCGCCAAGAAACGGAGCGCAAUCUGGCCAAUGUUCAGGCGGAACUAUCUUCUUGCCAGUCUGCUGUGGACACCAUACGCAAGCAAAUAGAGAAAGAAGCCGCGAAAAAGACAGAACUGGAUGCAAAGAUUUCGGCAGAAUUACGCGAUAGGUUGAUAGCUAAAAAGGCAAUGGAAUAUGUCAAGAAACUGGAUCUAAAAGUUCAAGAUCAGAGUAGAGAACUACUCACACAGAUUGCUCAGCUGGAGAACGAAAUAGCCCGCGAUGAGCUGGCCGCAGCAGUUAAAAAAUCGGAAAAUGAACGACUGAAGCAACGCAUUCAGGAAGUGGAGGAUGAGAUCAAGGAGCAAAAUGCUUCAAUCAACAAGGUGGAAGUAGAGAUUCAUCGUGCGAGUGUGAUGGUGGAACGGAAACAAAGUGCAAUCGAUCUCCUGAACAAAAAACUCGAAGGCCUGUUGCGUGAAACCGGCGGUCAAGAGCUCGGACCACUGGAAGUGAUGAUUAACACUUUGACUAAAACAGUUCAAACAAAGCAAGAAGAGAUUGGUGAACUAGAACAACAAUGGCUUAAGGAGCAGAGUGAAUUGGUCAAAUAUGUGAACGAUAAGGAUAAUCUAACAAAGACAGCUGAGCGUCUACAAAAACAACUGACCAUUUUGGCUCAGAAAAAGCUUCGAAUUGACAACGAAAUUGCCAUCCAGGAGAGAGAGAAAGCGGAGUUGCAACGGGAACUAAAGCAUCUUCAGAACGAUACCACGCGGCUAAAUGUUCUGAUUGCGAAAGAAAAGUGUGCUGGAGAAAAUUUAAGCAAUGAAAACCGGCUGGCUGAAACGGAUUUUGUAAGGGC